ACCAAAAGUAGGGCGGUAAACAUCUCAAAAGUUAAGGAGCAUUCUGGGUAUACCGUUCGUCUUGAUAAAUGGAAAUCUGUCUCACCUCUUCCGGAAAUCCAACUGCAUCUUCAAGAACCGGACCGGCAAAGUGGAGCGCUCACAAUCCCAAUGUACAUGAUUGCGACGGUGCUCAUCCUCAUCCUGGUGCAGACCACAGCAGUGACAUCAGACGAUGUAACGGUGCACCAAACGCCACCGUACCUCAUGAAGAAAGUCACGGACAACACCAAUGAGCUGAGCUGCUCGCACAGCAUCACGGAUUACGACGUAAUCCUUUGGUACAAACAAGAUCGAGGUGGUGCUAUGGAGUUUUUGGGCUACAUCAAUCAAAAGUUCCCUGCGGUCGAGGACCACUGGAGAGGGAAGUUUAGAUUUAGCGGAGACGGCAGCCGACAGUCCAACCUGAACAUCGCCGACUUGCGCAUCAAUGACAGCGCGGUGUACUUCUGCGCAGCACGCACGGUGAUAUAUCUUGGCCCUCCAGCCGUCACAAAAAAGGCAACCCUGGCUUAUCUGGGUUUUAAUAUCAAAACCGACACCUGUGGCAUCGGGCUCCGCCGCAGGCAUUGUCGAGUCUCAUGUUGGUUUCACAAAGGCAAAACGGCAUCUCAACGCAGGCAAGCACAACCAAGUCAAUCGAAAAACAAACUGACAGGUGACGGAAAGGGAAUCAUCUUCAUAGGCCAAGUAUCUUGUUGGUCUGGCUUGAUCUCCACGAAGAUUGAGGUUCCGCUGAACGAUCAAAAUGGUCUUGAUCGGCCUCGACCAGCAGGGGGCGGCAAAGCACCCAGCAGCGAUGCAUUCGCCGAAAACUCUCAAGGACGACCCGCAGUUCGAUUGACGGCCAUACGCUUUGAUCUGCCGGGGUCCAAAAUAGUCCAUGAGGCAUCCCCGGUGGACUUCAAGUGCAGCCAUGACGACAAAAGGCAGGACAUCAUGCUGUGGUACCGCCAGAGCAAAGGUCGCCGGCCCAUCGAGCUGGUCGGGUACAGCCACGUGGGCAACGAGCCUUUCUACGAGCGCAACGACACUCGGCUGGAAAUAAGCCGCGCGGACACGCAGAGAGGCUCUCUCAGCAUUGGCUCCGUCAGGGCGUCGGACACAGAAAGGUGGGCUAGAACACGCUGCGUUUUUGUGCAAAGCGCAAACACUGUGGGUACAGGGUUACACGGUGGCUCCGAAGCUAUCUUCGGACCAGGAACGAAAUUGAGCGUUUUAGAACCGGAUCGCGACAUCGCACUGCCCACGGUCACCUUGCUGCCGCCUUCGCGGAAGGAGUGUCGCAGCAAGGACAACGAGGGGCUUCAGAAGACGCUCGUGUGCGUCGCCACGGGCUUCUUCCCGGACCACGUGGAAAUGUCCUGGCACAUCGACGGGGAAACCGUCAAAACGGGCGUGGCCACGGACUACCCCGCCCUGCCGGACGGCGCCUUCUACAAGAUGACCAGUAGGUUGCAGGUGGCGGCAGACGAGUGGUUUACACCUGGCAGAAGCUUUACCUGCCUAGUCAGCUUCUUUGACGGCACAGACGUCAUCCAGCGUGAGAAAACAUUGUACGGCAUUGAAGGUGAAAAGUGGUCGAGAGCGAGAUAUUUGAAGUUGGCGCAGAGUGCCAAGCUGUCGUACGCCGUCCUCUUGGUGAAGGGCAGCGUCUACGCAGCUUUCGUCGGCUUCUUGCUGUGGAGACGUCAGGGUCGAUCUGCAAAACGGAGCCAUUCAUAGUUGACUUGCCAUAAAGGAGCUUGGUGCGGAAAAAAAAAAACUCAUCGAGGCUGUUUUGUGUUUUAUAGCUCAAAAUCUAGACACUGUUAUUUUGAAAAGUUAACUGUUGUUCUUGCUCUUGUUGAGUCAAAUAAUGUUGAUGAAGUAGACGGGAUGUGGUCACGGUUGCUCAUCGCGCUGGGAAACGACAAAGCAAAAACUUUCCACUUCACCACAACCUCCGGCGUUUGCAUGCUGCACCUGCACGCACCUCUCAGCAAAGUGCCAUAUUGUACUCUACUUACACGUGAGCUUGUAAAUAGUUGUGUUCUUAUUUGCCCCUGGUUGCAUAGUUCAUCAAUUCAUUGCCACGUGUGGUAUGAGUUAAAAAGAAUAUUUAAAAACAACAAUACAUAAAUAAAGUCAUGAAUCCAAAUCAUGUUUAACGCUUGA